AUGCCGUCGAAUUUAGAUCAGAUUGCACAAUCAGUUUAUAUUCCCAUCAUUCUCUGCUAUUCUCCUCAAUUUGGCUCCAAGACUGAUCCUACCCAAAAACAUAAUUCUCUGAAACAAUCAUUAUCAGAAACCCUAAUCCCGUUCUACCCAUUAUCUGGACGGAUCAAAGAUGAUUUUUUCAUUGAUUGUGAUAACACAGGAGUUGAGUAUGUUGAAGCUCAAGCCCAUGCUCAACUCUCAGAAUUCCUCCCCGUGGAACCUUAUAGCAGUACUGGAACUGUGAAGGAGACCCUCCUGGCCAUUCAGAUAAACUUUUUUGACUGUGGGGGGAUGGCCAUCGGCAUCAAUAUGUCUCACAAAAUCGCCGAUGGAUCGUCGUUGAUCACAUUCAUGAAUGCAUGGGCUAGUAAAUCACGUGGAGAUAGCAAAUAUUUGGGUCCUAAUUUUGAUAUCGAUUCUCUGUUUCCACCCAGAGAUUUAUCUGGGUUCAUACCAAGUGCAGUCUUAAGCAAAGAGAAGAUUGUCACCCGAAGAUUUGUGUUUGAUAAAUCAAAGUUAAAAAUUCUCAAGAAAUCUGCAUGUUCUGGUGCUGAAUCAAUAGUGAAGGAUCCGACCCGGGUUGAAGCCGUCUCAGCUUUCAUCUGGAGCCAUUUCAUAGAGGUUGCCAAUGCCAAAGCUAAAAUGGAUUCAAAAAAGCUAUUUGCUGCAGUUCAUGCAGUGAACUUGAGGCCCAAGAUGAAUCCACCCCUUUCUGAUCAUGCCUUUGGAAAUCUAUGGAGCUUUGCUCUUGCAAACGCAAUAAGAAAGAUCAAUGAAGACUAUGUGAAAAAACUGCAAGAUGGAGAUGACUAUUUGAACUUUUUGAAACGAUCAAAAGAACAGUUUUCACGAGGAGAUUUAGAGUUCUGUAAUUUUAGCAGUUGGUGUAGAUUUCCUGUUUACGAAGUGGACUAUGGCUGGGGCAAACCUGUUUGGGUCUGCACUACGGCCAUGCCAUUCAAGAACGUGGUGAUAUUGAUGAGUACAAGGGAUGGGGAUGGGAUUGACGCGUGGGUGAACAUGGUUGAAGACAACAUGGCCAUGCUUGAACAUGAUCACAAGCUUCUUUCACUUGCUUGA